CUUGGUUGGUCGAUUGAUGGAAGCCGCCGAAAUUUGAAGAUGAUAAUGUGUGCAAGAAUUUAGGGACUAAUGAAAUAAAUAUGCCAAACAAGCUAAAAAGGAAAUUAUUGUGUUAAUUGGUGUAAAAUUAAGUUGAUCGCAGGACGUUAUGGAUCCCGACAAGAAAAGAGCGAUUAUUGAAUGGGUCAAAGCCGUGUUGCCUGGAGAUUUAACAUUUGAAAGUAUAUUUGAUCUACAAGAUGGAUUAUGUCUCUUACAUUUGCUGAAACUGCUGGACCAGACCCCAGAUGAUGAGCUCACCAGUGAUACGGAAAGAAUCGGUUUCAUUAAGAAAUAUUUAGAUGGUUUUUUCCAAGUGGACUUUGCAGAAGCUGGACUUGUGGAUUUCAAUUGUAUGUUAAAAUCAGCCGAACAGAAUGAAAAAACAGAAUUGGAAAUUGGAAAGGUGGUAUUUGCUGUCUUGCUUGCUGCGAGUUACGAGAGUAAUGCGGCUCAUUUCAUUAGUGCGGCCAUGAAACUGGAUGAGUCGAUUCAGCUAAACAUCAAGGAUCUGCUGGAGAGUGCCAUGUUCAGCUUGAACUCGAACCCCAACAUGGCCCUGACUUCUGACUUCGCCGACGUUCUUACUCAACACACAGACAACCACGCUGAUCACGAUCCUACUCUUUUCUUUCAACUAGUAGUGAACGGCUUCCCGUCAACGCCAGGUAGUGUCAACCGAUCCUUUAACAGUAGCUUUUAUGCAAUGCCAGAAGUUAAACACCCGCAUAUUUCUAAUUUGGUUGCCAGUCCAUGUCAGAUAUCAUCACCACUUCGAAACCUUAGUUUAACAGGCUCUCCAAAAACACCACUUGGGGAGUUUAUGCAGUCACCACAGCUUGUACAGAGGCUCCUUGCUCGAGAGAAAGAACUACGAGCUACAAGUGAGGCACUAGUACGCAAGAAGGAACAGCAGCUGAGAAAAUUGGAGUUGGAACACAAGGCUGAGUGUCAUCUGCGCAGUGACCUUGAGAUGGAUCUGGAAGAUAGAAAUACAAAACUUGAGGAGAAGGAAAACAUGAUUAAGGAUCUUCAGAAUGAACUGAGGGAAAUGAGACGACUCAAAUACAAUGUUGACGAACUUGAGUUGUUGAGAACUGAUAACAACAUUUUAAAAAAGGAUGUGGAGAGGUUGAAAGAACAGUUAUUGGAGAUGGAGAUUUUACGAAUGCGGUGUACAGCAUUGACCACUGAGAUCGACUGUUUGACAGAUGAACUUGACAAAAGCAGAGAAGAGGUGAAUACCCUGGAGGCGUUUGAGUCGAGUAUGAAGGAAUACCAGACCAAGUGCCGUCAGAUGGAAGUGCAGGUGGACGACUUGGAGAGUCAGCUUUGCUCGUCGCGGCACGAGCACGGGGAGCUAGUCAAGCAGUACCUGGAGACGGAGCAGCAGCUCAAACAGUUUCAAGAGCUCAACAACCAGCUACGACGAGAACUCGAGGACAAAUAUGCAUUCAAUGGCGACAGCUUCAGUGGUGAAUCUAUGUCGGUGGUGACUGAUAAACGUCUUAGUGAGGUCCAGAAUGAACUCGACAUUAUUCAGCAAAAGUACCUUGAAGCUCAGCAGGAUAUUGCUUCCCUUACGGAGGAGAGAGAUAAACUACAAGAAGACAAUAAUCGGAAUAUCACUGACCUGCAAUCCAUGACAACAAAACUCGAAGAAACGGAACAAGACAGGCUCAGAUUGAAAGAAAAGAUCACCGAGCAAGAACAGCAUGAAACUGAACUGAUGACGAAUAUUGAUGCCAUUGAGGAGACACACAGACUAACUGUUGAGAGUCUGAAACAAGAGCAGGAUACCAGAGAGGUGGAGCAUCAGAGGAAGGAAGUGGAACUGAGGCUGAGCUGUGAUGAAGCACUGGCCGAGUUCAAUACUCUCAUGGAUCAGCAGCGUUGUGAUGCCACGGCAAAGUAUGAAUCGCUGCAACUUGAACUUUGCGAGUCAAAGACAAAACAUGAAUCACUGCACCAGAUGUUUUGUGAGAUGAAAACAAAAUAUGAAUCGCUUCAGGUGGAACUUUGUCAAUCCAAAACGGUGAAUGAGUCAUUGGAGUUUGAAAUUAGUGAGUCCAAAACAGCGAUUGAGUCAUUGCAGCUUGAACUGAAUGAGUCCAAAACAGUGAUUCAGUCAUUGCAGCUUGAAGUGAAUGAGUCCAAAACAGCGAUUGAGUCAUUGCAGCUUGAACUGAAUGAGUCCAAAAUGGUUAUUGAGUCAUUGCAGCUUGAACUGAACGAGUCCAAAACACUGAUUCAGUCGCUGAAACAUGAACUUGGGGAAACUAAAACAGUGAAUGAGUCAUUGCAGCUUGAACUGAACGAGUCCAAAACACUGAUUCAGUCGCUGAAACAUGAACUUGGGGAAACUAAAACAGUGAAUGAGUCAUUGCAGCUUCAACUUAAUGAGUCGAAAUCAGAAAAUAGUUCACUGCAGCUAGAACUUGGAGAAUCUAAAACAGCAAAUGAAUUAUUGCAGUCUGAACUUAUUGAGUCUAAAACAAUGAUUGAGUCACUUCAAAUUGAACUUGGGGAGACCAAAACAACAAAUGAGUCAUUGCAGCUUGAGCUUGAACGGACUAAAACCAUGAAUGAGUCAUUACAGCUUGAUCUGAGGGAGACUAAAACAGUGAAUGAGUCUUUGCAGCUUGAACUUACCAAGUCCAAAAAUGAGAAUGAGUCGUUACAGCUAGAACUUGGAGAGACUAAAACAGCUAAAGAGUCCUUGCAUUUUGAACUUACAGAGUCCAAAACUCAGAAUGAGUCAUUGCAGGUUGAAAUUAAGGAGACUUCAAUGAAAAAUGAGUCAUUACAGCUUGAGUUAAAUGACACCAAAACAGUGAAUGAAUUGUUGCAGCAUGAGCUUAAAGAGACUAAAACAACAAAAGAGUCACUGCAACUGAAGCUUACAGAGUCCAAAGCAGUGAAUGAGUCAUUGCAGGUUGAACUGAAGGAGACUAAAACUGUGAUCGAGUCAUUACAGCUUGAACAUGGAGAGGUUAAAAGAGUGAAUGAAUCACUGCAGCUUGGGCUUUCCGAGUUCAAGACGAUGAAUGAGUCAUUACAUGUUGAGCUCAACAAAACUAAAACCGUGAAUGAGUCACUACAAGUUGAACUGAGAGAGACUAAAACAAAGAAUGAGUCAUUACAGCUUGAACUUGGUGAGACAAAAACAGUAAAUGAGUCAUUACAGAUUGAACUUGGUGAGACUAAAACAGUAAAUGAGUCACUACAGGUUGAACUGAGUGAGACUAAAACAGUUAAUAUGUCAUUGCAGACUGAGCUUUCUGAGUCCAAGACCAUGAAUGAGUCAUUGCAAGUUGAGCUCAACAAGACUAAAACCGUGAAUGAGUCACUACAAGUUGAACUGAGGAAGACUAAAACAGUGAAUGAGUCACUACAGGUUGAACUGAGCGAGACUAAAACAGUUAAUAUGUCAUUGCAGACUGAGUUUUCUGAGUCCAAGACCAUGAAUGAGUCAUUGCAAGUUGAGCUCAACAAGACUAAAACCGUGAAUGAGUCACUACAAGUUGAACUGAGAGAGACUAAAACGGAGAAUGAGUCAUUACAGCUUGAACUUGGUGAGACUAAAACAGUAAAUGAGUCACUACAGGUUGAACUGAGCGAGACUAAAACAGUUAAUAUGUCAUUGCAGACUGAGCUUUCUGAGUCCAAGACCGUGAAUGAGUCAUUGCAGGUUGAACUCAACAAGACUAAAAACGUAAAUGAGUCACGACAGGUUGAACUGACGGAGACUAAAAUGGUGAAUGAGUCUUUACAGGAUGAGCUGAGGGAGACCAAAACUGUGAAUGAGUCAUUACAGCUUGAACUUGGACAGACUAAAACAGUGAACGAGUCGCUACAGCUUGAACUCACCAAUUCUAAAACCAUGUAUGAGUCAUCCCAGCUUGAGCUCACAGAACUGAAGACAAAACUUGGAUCUUUGCAGCAUGAGCACUGUGAGUUGGAAAAAAUACACAAAUUACUACAGAAAGAGUCCAAGGCUAAGAGUGUAUUAUUAGGAAAAGAAUUUGGUGAAAAAGAACAAUUGCUAAAUGACGAAUUGACGCUCUGUAAAGAAAGACUUGAAUCGUAUCGGCAGCAAGAUGCUGAACAAGCAGAAAAGCUGAUAUCUUUGCAGACACGCUUAGAGGAAACAAUAAGCAGGCACGAAACAGAACUAUCCAACCUUAACAAGCAGAUUGAGAACUUGCAAACUGUUUCAUCAGAAAAAGAAGCUAUCCUGACAUCAGAAAUAACUCAAGCAAGAGAUCAUCUCAAAGAAAAGGAAGAUCAGUUAGAUUCAUACAAGCGGUCAGAAGUGGAUUUAACUGCAACCUGCAAUUCUUUGAAAGGUCAACUUGUUGACAUGUCAGCACAGAAUGAACAGAAAGUAACCGAGUUGAGUCUGGAACUGGAGAACUCGAAGAAGUCUGCAGUGGAAAGACAGGACACUCUGCAGUUGGAGAUCGUACAGUUGAAGGAGGUCGCCCUAAAAACAGCUCAAGAAAUGGAGUCCCUUCGUGAACAACUUGAAGAAAAAGACAGAAAGAUCAAGCUGCUUAUGUCUCAGUUUGAUUGUGACGUCAAUGACAUGAAACAACAGAUUGCACAUGGCUUGGAAAAGUUCACCAUUGAGGAAGAAAAUCUUGUGGGCAGAAUUAAGGAUCUGAAGAAACAAAAAGAGACUGUCGAACGGAGACUCUCUCUGAGUCAGGAGGAGGCCUUGACAAGAGAGCAAGAGCUUCAGAAGAAGAUCACAGAAAUGAAAGAGGAAUUUGGAAGCAAGAUGGAAGAGAGUGACCAGUACUGGAAACUUCAGCUGUCUUCAAUGAAGAGCGAGUUUGAUAAUGCUAUGUUUGAACAGAGGGGCAGCUACGAGGCUAAACUGGUGGAAGAGCGUCAGCAGUUUGAGAUGCGCAUGUCGGCCAUGAUGGAAGAACAGAAUGGCCUUUUGCUCAGCGAGAAAGCUGUGCUGGAGAAGACGAUCGUGGACCUGAAGACGGCUGCAGACAAACUCAGGGCCGACCAUGAGGAAAAACUGGCAUCUUUGAAAGAAACUGAGAAACAUGUGGAAGAAAACUAUCAGCAGAAUUUUUCCAACCUAGAAACAAAACUAAAGCAACAGAUUGUGAUCCAUGAGGAAAUCAAAGCUGCCAUGAAGAGGGACAAGGAAAAGGCUAACAAUCUGGAGAGCCUGAUGAACGAGAGAGUGAACGAGUUUGAGGAUAUCGAGAAGCAGCUGAAGGAGGAAAGAAGCCGGAUCGAGAGUCUCAGUGAUGUGUGCAAGCAGUACAGACAGAAGGAGCUCCAGCUGGAGAAGAUGCUGGACGUGAAGCAGACAGAACUGAGCGAGGUCCUCGGCCAGCACAAGGAAAGUGAGCAGACGGUCCAUGAACUGGAGGAGAAACUCUGGCAGCAGCAGAAAGAGAUGGAGAGACUGGAACAGUUGACCGAGUCGUACCACGGGCAGAUCAAGACGCUGACCAGUCUGCAAACAGAACAACAGCAGCAACUAGAGACUCGGGUUGUUGACACCGAGACAGACAAGCAGAGACUGGCGUCACGGGUUGUUGACAUGGAGACAAAGAACCAUAGACUUGAGACACAAGUCGUUGAUCUGCAAGGGGAAGUGACUGAACUGCAAGAAAAACUUGAUUCGGAGAAGACAAUUAGCAAAGAACAGCUGAAUUGUUUGAAGUUGGAACUUGACAAAUUGAAAAAUGAUUACACGACAUCGUGGGAAAGUGUGAAGAAGUCGAAUUGUGAAACAAUGAGAAAUUAUGAAGCGGAAAUUGUCAGUCUUCGUCAGCAGUUGGCAGCUGUGGAGGAGGAGUGUCUGAGAGAGACUGAGGAGAAAGAAGUUACCAUAGCAACACUACAACAGAAAGACACGGAGAUUAGCUCACUUCAACAGGAAAAGAAAAACAUGGAGACUGAACUCAAUCUUCUGACUGAGAAACAUGAGACGACGCAGAACACAGUGUCUGAACUGUGGCAGCAGAUCUCUCGCCACGAGGGCGAGUACAUCAGCUACGUGACGCAGUGCCAGGAGAUGGAGAACAAGCUGAAACACCUGAAAGAGCGCGAGCAGAAGCUCAAGGACGAUGGAGAGAAAUACAGCUCGGAGAAAAGCUCGUUGGAAACGCGGUGCCGCGAGAUGAGCAAGAAAUACCAAUCACAGCUCGAAAGGGAGCAGAAGAUGGCCCGUAACCAUAACAACGAGAUCAGACAGGCGUCGGAGAUCAACUCGAAACUCAUCAAGCAGCUUGAAGACUUCGGAGUAUUGAUUCAUCAGAAAGACAAGACGAAUAAAGAGUUGGAAUCUUCAUCAAAGAAGCAAACUGAUUUGUUAACUCAGAGGAAGGAAGGAAUGGAGAAACUUACCCAGGCCCUCGAGUUGCAGCGCAAGACGGCCAGUAAAUAUCGGGAACGAGUGGAGAAUCUCGAGAAGACUUUCAAUCAACGUAUUGAGAGUUUAGAGUCGGAGUUGAAGAUCGCUCGCCAGCUGGUGGAGCAGUAUCGUAACCAGCUGGACCAGGCAGGGACUGCCUUACUGGGAGACAACUCCGCCUUCAAGGAGCACAUGGACCUUCACAACGACGACAGUCUCGAAGGUGUCACACCACAAUUUGUUCACACUAGUAAUACAUUGGAUGACUCUCCUCCACUCUCGGACACCACAGUUCGUUACAACCUGCGCUCGUCCACGGGGUCGCUGAAUGGUAGCAUUGUGUCCGCACCCGUCAUGUCACUCUUUAACAGACACGCCUCCCAACAAUCUCUUCAGAAUCAUUCUUUGAAAAGAGACUCUUCUGAUACACGCAGAUCAACGUCUGUCUUGCCAAGAAUUACAAGUUCAAGCUCAUUAAGUUCAACAGUGGGAGCGAAGCGAAGACAGCCUGCAGUUUCUUUAAUGCAGGGCACUGGUACUUUGUUUUCAUGCGAAGACGAACCUCCCGACUUUGAAUGGAACCGACUGAGUGAGUUGCAGCGUCGCAACACUCUGUGUCUGCCCCACAUGCGCUCGUGCUACCCAAUCGAGACCCAGACCUGUCCCCUGCAGAAGCUGGACGAGGAAAUAGCCGGUGAUCUGAAGAAAGCUAAGAUGGACGUCAUGCAGGUUGAGGCUGGACCGACGACAUUGCAUUUGUGCGAUUCUAGAAAACAGGUUCGUCAUUCAACUGUCUAUCAAAAGCCGGGACCACCGACCCCGAAUGCUCACGUUCAGUCAGUGACUAGACGUAGUACGACUCGACUAGCGACGACACCGCGUCAUGGUGGACACAAAUCGCCCCAGGUGGCAAGCAGUAAGAGGAAGUCAAGGAAGCAAACACCUCGACGUGCAUUAAGAAAAUCUCCACGGACACCACCAGUGUCAGCGCAGGACAUCGAGAACAGGUCGUCAGGCAGGAAGGUGAACAAACGGGAAAGCAUAGCUUUCAGUAUUGGUUUUUCUCCCCUGCAAAGUAAGAGUAAUCGACAGCUGAAACGUCAAACAGCAUUCAUCCAGAAACAGCCUGAAGAAAAGAAAAGCAAGGGAACUAGAGCCCCGCUGAGACUACGUAACAUCCUGCAAACUGGACUGUAGUCGGGAGAGAUCAUGUUUUAACAAGAGCCGAAAGUUAAACAAGUUACUGUCGGGGGUGUUUGAUUAGUGUAAUUAGUAGCAUCAGCUAGUAAUUGUACAUACGUUGUUUUAUACUGCCGAUUUCAUAGUAGGCUGCAACUAUAAGCUCUUGUAGACUCGGAGGUAUAUGUAUAUUGAAUUUUAAUACGGUUUGUCCUCCAUCCAUAAGACUACAGCUUAUAUCAAUAUAAUGUAUUGCUUUUACUAUAUAUUUAAUGCAUUUAUAAUAUAUAUUGGUAUUUUAGGAAUUCAUGCCCUUUUUUGUUUUUUCAUUAUCAGGAAUAAACAAAAUAAAUUACAUUUGAUGUGAUUGGUGUUGGCAAUAUAAUUUUCCUUUUAAAAAUGAAUAGAGUAUAGCAUGGUUGUGGUUAUCAAAUAGUGAAAAAAAGGGAGCUAAAUUGGUAAAAACAUUUUAUACAAGUAGUAGUGUAUUCUGUUGUCUACUUAUAAAUAGGGACAUGUAUUUCAGUGGUUGUGAGAAAACGUUGCAUAUAAUAUGUCACACAAAUACAUGUUCUAAUCAUGGAUGUUUUAAUUACCCAGUAGUUUUUCAGCUUUCACUUGACUGUUCAAUUAAAUUAAUAUAAAUAUACCCAGUGUUCUCCAACUUAUUUAAAAACAAGUUAGUACAACACCUAAUCAGUAUGCAAUCGGGGUAUUAUCACAAGGCUUACCCAGGACUUUUUUUUAUAUGGCAUACUUGUAGAUGUGAUUUUCCAGCAUUUGAAACAAAUCAGGGGUAAUGUGAGAAAAGUUGAAAUUUGAAGUGAAAUCUGAAAUCUGCAAUAUGCAAAUAUGGCAGGAUUCAUAUUUGACAUGUCAGACAUGCUUUUGAAAAUUAUCAGAAUGGUGCCAAAGUAAAAGCUGCGCGGGCGGAAUGCUAUCCUGUUUAUGAAGUUGGAGAAUACUAUAUAUCAGACAAAAAGCACAAAUGGAACUUAAAUAAUUGUGUUAUGUGUUUAUCCAGUAGACCAACUGUUCCUGUACCUUCCUGGGAUAUUAUUAUAGUCUUAUUUUAUUAAGAGUUUGUGCUCCGUGAAUAUGUAAUCGGUUAUACUGUCAAUCUGUCCUGUGGGCUGACUUGUAUUGUCAGUUUUCCAGCAAUAUUUAUAAUAUAUUGUAAACAUUAGCAAAUAUAGCUUCUGCAAUUAUCAAACAUUUUAAAAGUAAAACUAUGUAAUUUCUAUUCACUUUCUUAAAUUGUUUUAUGUACAGAGUACUUGUAAAUACAGUUUUCUCCUAGUCUUUAGCUUCCAUGCCAAUCCAGAAUCUUUUACCCAUCAUCACCUAUAACCUGCUCAAGUCAUGGUGGCAGAUCCUUCAUCAUCUGUUAAUAAUCAUCACUGAUUCACUCAUCCACUCCCGCCUUCCCUCUCGUCCACUUACAUCGACAUACAUAUAUAUCACAUUCUUUACACAGUUGGCUCUAAAAUGGAGUAUCAUGUUAGAGUUAAAUUAAAUAGUACUAUUUACACAUACCAAUUUUACUUUACCCUGUGAAAAUAAGUCUUAUUUGUUCCAACACAUUCUGUAAAUUUGUCAAACAGUAGGAAGUUGGCAGAAUUAAAAAAAAAAAAAAAGUAAAUUUCAGUUGCUUUUUAUCUCUACAAACAUCCCAUAAACACUUGUUUUUCUUCACAAUAUUCUCAUCUUUAUUAUUAGAAUUCUCUAAAUUAUUUUGUUAGCAGAAACUACUUUUUAAAGUGGUUUCCAUUCAAAGGUCAAAUAUUACAAAAGUUAAUUUUUGCAUCCAAUACAUUUUAAUAAAUGUGCAUGGGCAACUUUAGUAAUGAAUGUACAAAGUGCUGAAACAAAACUAUAAGUGUGCUUGUAUAAAUGUACAUGACUAUUUAUAUGUAAUAAAUGUCAACAUAAA